GCCUUACUACGCGACUUUGAUAGAAGCUCCAGGCCAGAAGCUCUACUAAGUUGAACACCACAACCCAACCCUUCUCCUGUCCUCAACUACCUCUCUGUAUCAACCCACACACCCUUAAAUACAGACAACUCCCAAUAAUCCAUCCACAUAAUGUCCACCUUAGAAGAUCUCGAUGACCUCGAGCGGGAGGGACCAGCAGAUACCAGUGGUGAUGCGGAAAUGAAGGAUGCCAAACCCGUGGAGAAAGAAGACGAUCCUAUCGAUGAGGAAAUCUACAAUCUGAGCACGCAGGAUAUUCUUACGCGGAAGAGGCUAUUGGAGAACGAUUCCAGAAUCAUGAAGAGCGAAUUCCAGCGUUUAACACAUGAGAAGUCAGCCAUGGGAGAGAAGAUCAAGGACAACCUGGACAAGAUUGAGAACAAUCGGUAUGCAGUAUACCAAUGCUAAUUGAAUGCUACUAUUCUGACAAGAUCUCCAGACAAUUACCAUACCUCGUUGGAAACGUUGUUGAGCUUCUUGAACUUGAUCCAACCGCCGAAUCACAGGAAGAAGGUGCCAAUAUCGAUUUGGAUGCCACACGAGUUGGAAAGUCGGCGGUUAUCAAGACUUCAACAAGACAGACCAUAUUCCUUCCUCUCAUCGGUCUUGUAGACCCCGAAACACUGAAGCCCGGAGAUCUGAUCGGUGUCAACAAGGAUUCAUAUUUGGUGUUGGAUACAUUACCUGCCGAAUAUGACAGUAGAGUAAAGGCUAUGGAAGUGGAUGAGAAGCCAACAGAGAAAUACUCGGAUGUUGGAGGGUUGGAUAAGCAGAUUGAGGAAUUGGUUGAGGCAAUCGUAUGGCCAAUGAAGGAGGCCGAGCGGUUCAAGAAGAUUGGAAUUAAAGCCCCAAAGGGUAGGUUUGCUAAUAACCACCAGCAUCGCAUACCGGAAGCUAACAGCUACUAGGUGCUUUGAUGUACGGUCCUCCCGGUACUGGAAAGACCCUUCUUGCCCGAGCAUGCGCUGCACAAACCGAUGCCACCUUCCUUAAACUUGCCGGUCCCCAGUUAGUACAAAUGUUCAUCGGUGAUGGCGCAAAGUUGGUUCGAGAUUGUUUCGCUUUAGCCAAGGAGAAAGCACCUGCGAUCAUCUUCAUUGAUGAAUUGGAUGCCGUUGGUACCAAGCGUUUCGAUAGCGAGAAGAGCGGAGAUCGAGAGGUACAGAGAACUAUGUUGGAGCUGCUGAACCAGCUUGAUGGUUUUGCAUCAGACGACAGAAUCAAGGUUCUCGCAGCCACCAACAGAGUUGAUGUCCUAGAUCCUGCUUUACUCCGUUCCGGUCGUCUUGAUAGAAAGAUUGAGUUUCCAUUACCAAACGAGGAGGCUCGCGCACAAAUUCUCAAGAUUCACAGCAGAAAGAUGACGGUCGAUGAUGCUGUUAACUGGCCUGAAUUAUCGAGGAGUACUGAUGAGUUCGGUGGUGCUAUGCUUAAGGCUGUGUGUGUCGAGGCUGGUAUGAUUGCUCUCCGAACUGGGAAGAACAAGAUUAGUCACGAGCACUAUGUUGAUGCUAUCUCUGAAGGUUAGUCCUCCGUAUUAAUUCUCAUUUGUGAUUUUAUUACUAACUUGUCAUAGUCCAAUCGAAAAAGAAGGAAAUGCUCUCACAUUACUCUUGAGUGGGCUUCUUUUGGCAUUGGGACGGUGUUGCAUGGCA